UCCCCCAGCGAAGUCAGAUCAGAGCACUUUCCUCGUGGUGAUGGCCGCGACCACUGACUCCGUGGCGCGUCUUAGUUUGGCGGCCCUGCUUCUACUCGGGUCUCUCAGGUUCUGCCCGGCGCGAGGCGAUGCUCACUCUCUGUCCUAUAACUUCACCAUCGAUCCUCAGCCCAGACCUGGAGAGCUGUGGUGUGAGGUUCAAGGCCAGGUGGACGGAGAGCUUUUUCUCUCCUAUGACUGUGGUCAUGCUAAGAUCAUAUUCACAAGUCCACUGGGAGAAGAAGUGAAAACCAUAAAGACCUGGGAAACACAGAUGGAAACACUCAGAGACAUCAGGGACCACCUGCGUGACUUUACACUGGAGAAACCCAUGGUCACGGACCCUCUCACCCUGCAGGCCAGGAUGACAUGUCGCUGUGAGGAUGAGAGACACAUCAGUGGAUCCUGGCAGUUUGGCUUGAAUGGACUAAUGAGCCUCCACUUUGAUUCGGAGAAUGGGCACUGGAGAGUGGAUCACCCUGGGUGCAGAUGGAUGAAAGAGAAGUGGGAGAAUGACAGAGCUGUGACCGAGUUCCUGAAGAAGGUCUCUAUGGGAGACUGUCGGACCUGGCUUCAGGCUUUCAUGGUGCACUGGGAGAAAAUAUUGAAAACCACGGCAUCACCGACCACGGGCCCCCCUACAGUGCAGCCCACGGCCACAGCCAUCGAUCUCACCACAGGGAUCGCCAUCGGGGCAACCAGUUUCGUCAUAAUGGGCAUCAUAAUAGCCUGUAUCCUGUACAAGAAGAGGUACUGAGGGCAGAAGUCAGAGGGAAGGCAGGGGCACAGGGCCUGGUGUGAGGAGGGGGAAGUUGAAUCCCAGCCGACCCCUGCCCCUCACUGAACCUCCUCAUCCUGGAAAUGAGCCGGAGAUGGUGCUCCCAGGAAGCCCAACAGGUGCUCUGUCUGCCUUUUCUUGUUCUUCUCUUUAGAUCCAAGAGAUCAGACCCCAUGAAUCCUAAGCAUGUUAUCCGGUUGCUGUGACACAGUAGAUGCAUCAUCUCAUGGCCUUUAUCACAUUUGAUGAAAUCCUACUCAGCAUCUUGAAAAACAAAAACAGAAACAAUUUAUUUCACCGCUUUUUUUUGGUGAUACGUGAUGGAAUGCCUAUACUGAAAUAUUCAAGUACUUGAAGAA